AUGCACUUUCCUCGGAAGAGCUGGCUGCUCGCUUUUUUCACCGGAACCAUAACAAAUGCUUCUGACAUACUAGAAGUAGAUCUCGUUUUCCCACGCAACGAAACAUAUGCGCCCACGGAAUGGUUCCCUGUUGUUUUUGCUUUCCAGAAUCCAGAGCGCGCCCGAUACCUGAACCCGGCACUUGGCUAUACGAUAUGGAAUCUGGAUGAUACCAACAACUCACGUACUUUUUUGCAUGAUUUAAGAUGGACCAACUGGACCGGGGAAGACCCCUUUUACGCAUAUCAGUACUUUGAUUUCCUCGAGGACGAAGGACGGUGGAGGGUGAGGUGGACCCUAGACUGGCAAAGUUGCGACGAGGAUACCUUCGGAGGCAAUCCUAUCGAUGCUAAGAUAAUAAGCAACUCUUCUACUUGGUCUACCUGGUUCACUCUUCAAAGUUCAGCCCCCAAAGUGGAUCUCGUUGCUGCAACAGCCAACAAAACGUGUCCUGGGGAAUACGGUAUGACAAUCAAUGUGACGGACAAAACCAUGCAAGUCCCGAGGGGGGUGACUUGGUCUGGUGGUGAUCACACUAAUCAUACUUGCGCGGUCGUGGCGUCCUCCGCCCCAACUCCCACUUCGGAUCCUUGCCAAGUCCAUAUUGACAAGACAAUCGUCGCAAGUAUGGAAGCCUCUUUGCAUACCCGACUAUGUAAUGGCUUGAAUCCACCAUCCGAUUGCGCGGACAAUAAGGACAAUGCUGCGCAGCAACUAGCUGUCGGCGGCAUAUCAUGCUUGCUUGCUGCGGCCGGGGCUUUGAGUUUCUUUCUUGUGUGA